AUGGCGGUGGCGGAUGUGCCCGGUCUCAUGGACAUUGCCAGUACCCUGGCCCAAGAUGAGAUCCCCUUUAAGCUACGAUGUGCCAUCUGCAAUAAGCUGGCAGUAAAUGCAUUUCGUCUCCCCUGUUGUGACCAGUCUAUCUGCGAGACCUGCCAAGCCUCCUUGUCCGAUACAUGUCCUGUCUGCACACAUACCCCUGUCUCUCCCGAUCUCUGCAAACCCAACAAGGCUCUGCGGACCACUCUCAAGGCUUUCUUGCGCACCGAAGAGAAGAAGCGGGAAAAGGACCGCCAAUCUACGGCACCUCCAACACCAUCCAUUGUCACGCCUGCAGAUGCAAAAGCCCCUGUCCAGGAUGCAGUCCCCGAUCAAAAUGGGGCUGAGACAGUGAUAUCUGUGGAGACCAACGCGCCUGUCCCUCCAGGUCCUACGGAGGCCACAGAGUCAAAGCCUCAAGAGCCGGGACUAGAUACACCGGCUCCGGACACAGUUGGAGAGAGCAUUCCAGAGCCAAGUGCACCAGAUUCGGCAGAUCAGCCAGCUCAGCCUGAGGCAACUGGUGAUCAACUCAAUGGCACCGAACCGGCCCGUGAGUCCACGACUGAAGAUGCCGCAGUCAACGAAGCAGUAAACGGAGAACCUGCUCCCACGCCUGAGGAGGUUCCUGGAGAACUCGGUACCAACUCGUUGACCCAAAACAUGGCCGGAAACUUCCCCGCGGUGGGCUGGAACGGGAACGGCAUGAAUCCUUUCAUGGCCGGCAUGUUCAAUUACCCGAAUACGAUGGGUAUGCCCAUGGGGAUGGACCCGAUGGCAAAUCAGGGGAUGUACGGAAUGAACAUGACUGGCAUGGGCAUGAACACUGGGAUGAACUACAACGGGGGCAUGUAUGGAUCCUUAGGAUGGGACGCAUCCCAACAGAACAACAAUAUGUGGCAAGGCGGCCAAAAUAAAUUCAAUCCAAAUGCUUUCGCAAAUGGCACGGGUCCUCCUUAUGGAGGAGCAUUUGGCGGGUCUAAUAUGUCUGCUUACCCUUCCCACUCAGACUAUCAGUCCGGUUACUACGGCGGUUAUGGCCGUGGUGGUUACCGAGGUCGCGGCCGUGGCCAGUUUCAUGGCUCCGGUCGAGGUGGCUUUGGACCCAUGCAAGGUCAUUACCGUCAGGGUGCUAACUCGGGAUAUCCCAACCAGAACCCAAGUGUGCCUAAUGGUCUGAACGGUACUCCAAUGGAUGCCCAAGGUAAUUUCGAAACAAAUGAGAAUCCAGAAUCAGGUGAAGCUGGACCAGAUGUACCGGGUAAUCCAGACGAUAUCCCAACAGGCACGGACCAACCAAACCAACCCCAAGGAAUCCCCACCAUUGACAGCCUGGAUAAUUCUGUACCAACUGGCCCUGGAUACGGUAGUAAUGGGUAUGGCCAAUACAGAUAUGGUCGAUACGGACAAGAACGGGGGCCAGGUGUCGAAGGCGCUCCAGCGGCUCCGCGUGCCAUGCGGCAGGGGCUACCCAAUACCAGUGUGUUGCGACAACGUGGUUUCCAGAUUCAAGGCCGAGCCAGUAUUUCUGGUGAACCCACUGAAGACGAUCACACCAGGGCCACAUCCAACGCCCUGUCCCAACGUGCGCAGUCUCGAUCUCAAUCACCCUCACAGAACCCAACUUCUCGCCCCCGUUCGCCAUCUGUUCAUGGUGCUGAAGACGACCGUGAAAGUCGGCGUGGGGCAGAAAUCAAACGCCCAGAUCGGGUUGAUGAGCUACAAUCCGACGCCCGUCACUCUCGCUCUCCAUCCCGCACAUCCUCUCGUCGAUCCUCGCGACGCCGACAUCACGACAGUGAUAGGGAGCGAGAUAGAAGAACCAACCACCGUUCACAACGCUCUCGUCGUUAUCGCAGCCGUAGCCGCAGCUCAAGUCGAAACGGCGAUUCCCGUCCCUCUAGUCGCCUAGAAAAGACCUCAGAGAAAGAUAGGCCCAAUGGCAGGACCAAAGCGUCCUCCGAAGGCCCAGAGUCGGGUGAUCUAGCAAACCGAAUCAGCAGCACCUACCGCUCCACUAAGGGCAGAGGGAGCCGACGCGAAGGCGACAGAUCACGAGAGCAGGACCGAGAUCUCCGACGCCGAGAUCGUGACCGUGACCGUGACCGUGACCGUGAUCGUGAUCGUGAUCGUGAUCGUGAUCGUCGUGGCAGAGACCGCGAUCCCGAUCGCGAACGUCGCCGUGAUGGCGACCGCGAUAAAGACAGAGCUUCAGAGCGCGACCGAGAUCGACCAAGAGAACGUGAUCAUGAUCGUGAUCGUGACCGUGAUCGUGAUCGCAAGCGCUCUCGCCGCGAUCGAUCUCCAUCUGCCAUCGGCGGCGACCAUCCUCAGGCCCGUCGUGUGAAACGUGGCGAUGAGGACCAUAGUAGGGACACGAAUGAAGGCUCAACCAAGAGGGCCGAGCCCGAUAAAGACCCUUACACCCUUGAGCGCGAAGCACGCAACAAGGAGCGCCUUGAGCGUGAGCAGCAGCACCGUGAGAAGGCCAAAUCUGGCCGCCGCCGUGAUAGCCGGCAGGACCGUGUGGUGGCGGGCCGUCGCAUCAACUACAAGUACGAAGAUGAACUUUAA